GGUCAACCACGCCAGCCUAAAGGCAGCCUCCGCCAUAGCAUCGCAUCGUUCUCUCCGGAAUCAUCACAGCAAAAUGACAUGGGAAUGAGGCUCAACUCUAUGCUGUGUCAUUGACAGUUACCACGAGGUCAAGUCAGCUGGUAUUCGUCGCUGUGCACAGCAUAUGGGGGCACAGGUAGAGAAACACGCUGUCAUUUCUCAGGUUAGACGAUACGGUGUUAGAUGUCAUUGCAUGAUCGCAGUAGAUUCGUCAGUCUGGCUGUCUAAUUUGAGCCUCACCAGUCGAAUUAUCGACCUCUUGUCGUCUGAGGUGUUGCCAGUUUGGUUGGGAGAAUUGAAUGCCUUGGUUUCUGCCUCAGGCUAACAAGCCUAAGCCUCUGCUGCCUGCUUUUUCACCCUCCCAGUCUCGUCUCACUUCUCACUCAACCCCCCGACAGGUCUUCCCUAAUUUCUGGAUCCAUCGAGUCUCCUCAACACCAGAUUUCAAGUAAAACAUAUCAUCAACGCAUCUCAAUACCUCAAUUUUUCAUCAUUUCCAACACCCUCUCUCACCUUCGCAUCAUUUCUUGUCUAAAUGUCUCUACUUUGAUAUGCGCAAUAUCUCACUGACCCAUGCAAUGAGCAGCAAAUCGAAUGGCAUUCAUCCUCAAAAAGAAACAUUCAACACAAAUUGCUUGCAUAUGAUCAUUCUCUAAGCACAGUAUACCAACACACUCUAUAUACACCUAACCAAUUAUUAAUAGCUUCGCUGCUCUUCAAAACGUCGCCCAGUUCAUCAUGCCAGUUCAUUAACGCCAGAACUCAGACCUAUACAGGUGUUGCCAAUACUACCUUCACUUCACUAUCACGCAUCCUUCAUUUCUCGCGAGACUUGUCGGAACGCACUUCCUGAUACUGUUUGGUCCUGUGCGAUGUGCGCCAGCGCAUUUAUCACUGUAUUCAUCAGCAAGAGAAGGAGGCCUCUUGGCCAUGUAAGUAUUAACAUACUCUGCACGUCCAUCUUGGAUCUUGUCGCCAAGUAGAAUUCUUGGUUUAUCCUAUCUUGCUCAUGCUCCCCUGAGCCAUGGCAUGGACAAAACUCAAAGUCUGUCGACAGUGGAGGCAGAUCUGGCGUGGAGAGUCGGGUGUCCCUGGGUGUCUCAGGGCACCAGUCGUCUGCAAGGACGACUCGCUCAGGGUUGUGCCACUCUAGUUCCAGGUGACUAGGUUUCACAGGUGCUGUGUAGCACCAGGACCCCGCGUAAGCAAAGCCUCCGUCAUGAGCGAGAUGGGACAGUUGCCGGCUACCUCGCCAGUUAUCAAUGGCCGCCUCAAGUGAGACACCAUGUGGCUCGAGCGGAGCCGUCUGACAGAGCUCAUAUUCUGGCUCCAGGCCAGGUGAGGACACCUGGGCUCUGUUUGAGCACUGAUCCCAGUCUGACAGCUGGUAUGGGCCAGGUGUUCUGGGAAUUUCAUCCCGCGGCCAAGCAUCCGCUUCUUUGAUCCGCUCAACACGGCGGGGGAUGUCUGCCAAGCGGCGAGCUCUGAAGGCGGCACUACCAGGAGCGGGAUCGUCUUGGGAUCUACGCUUCUUUGAAUGGAGUUUCUUUUCAGUGAGCCGGCUCUGGGACGACAGCAGGACACUGCUUUGUGUAAACUCUGGGACGGAAGACGACAAGGGAGGAAUGUGGAAAGAACGACGAGAAGUCAUCUCAUCUUUGUUGAGGAAAGGAUUGAUUGCCAUGCUGAGCGGAAGGGAACGUUCACAAGUGUGAUGGGAUAUAUGGAGAUCAAGUGAGAGCAGCAGCAAUGUAGGACAGGUGUGGAUGCAAGGUUGUCCUACUUGGACUUAAAGGGUUCAUGAACGCUAUCAAGUGAUGCGGUGAGAUGGAAAUGCGAUUGAGAAGAUUUUUUUGAUGGGUUUUUGAUGGGGAGAGUGAAGUGAUACGAAAGGGGGAGAAUGAGAGAAAAUGGUCGAGGGGGGAGGAGGACUAUAUAUGGGAGGCCCAGGGAACGACACUCCUUCUCCCCCCCGCAUCGUCCAAUCACAUCGCAGUAUUCACAACCUCUCACAACCUCACUCCUAGCCUAUGCUACCCCCCACGCUUCAGCACAUGAACCAUUAUCGUCUUCCUACUCCUCACACCUCAUAUAAGUCGACGACGACAAAAUAUUGGCUCUUUCUGUAUACACGAUCACCCAUUGUAUCGUGUCAGACACCGGAAGAUAUUAAGGCUGGACCAUUGACGACUGAUUACCAGAAGCUUUGUGCGUGACUCGACUCUUCGCAGCGCCGUUCGGGUCCCCCGAUGGGAUUGGGUUAUUCUACUUCACUUGAAGUUGUUCAUAUUUCCUCUUUCCUCUUCUUUCCUUCAUACCCAAUAAGGAAGACAGGUAAAACAUAUUGGAUUGACAAUCCCGUAUCUAUCACAAUGUCAGUCAUACAGCCCGAGCGUAUCGAGGCCGCUGCGAGCGCCACGCAUUUACAGUAUAUGCCCUCUGUCAUGGUUACGGUUGCACCAUGCAACGUCGAUAUGCUUCUGCAAUCACCCGCUUGUGUCUGGAUUGUCCAAGGGUGUGCGCAGAUGCUCAAUGAUAUUAGUAAAGCAUCCUUGUCUACCUAUGACGCUUCACUAUGCGAAUCACUUGAAGAAGCUACCUGCAUGCGCAGACUGUACAUUAUCGGCAAGGCUGACUACGCUAUGGCAGCGAUUGUCUAUAAAGAAAUGGAGAGAUGCGUUCCCUUCUGGCUUCGUAAGCCUCGCAACAUUGCGUGUGAAGUUUCAUGUAACUCAGAUUGUGUGUGUAUACCGCCGAUUCCGAGAUCCUGCAUCUUUGGGAGAAUGCGUAAUUGAGCCGCCCGAAUUUGUGUGAUACCAACUGGCCAAGUUCCCAUAAAUUAAAAAGGGUAGAGACAGAGAGGGAGGUUGCAGGUCGAUGGUUGGCAACGUCUUAUUGUGAAAGUGUGGUUGGAUGAACGGGGUGCCUGACAGUUCUCCACUCCACAAUCUCAGUACUGGCUGGGUACUUACAA